AUGGUCUGGCACUUUCGGCAAGCCAACAUUGCCGCUGGUUCAAACGUACUAUGGAUCAUCCUUCACAACUUCUUCAACUCCAUCAACGCUCUCAUAUGGCCGCGCGACAAUGUGUUUGAAUGGUGGGAUGGCAAUGUUUGGUGUGAUAUCCAUGUGCGGAUCCAGGUCGCGAGCUACGUAGGUGUUGCAGCAUCUGCGGCAAUGAUCACGCGCAAGCUGGCUAGGGUCAUGGACACCCGAAACAUUACCGUCUCAAGCAGUCGCAACAGCAGGAUCAGAGAGAAGAUCUGGGAAUUGGUAUGGUGCUGGGGGGCUCCAAUGGUCCUGGCCAUUGUUUACUACGUUGUUCAACCGGCUCGCUACACCAUCUACGGCAUCGUGGGCUGUCAAUCUACCUAUGACACAUCAUGGCCAAGUCUCGUACUGAGUAUCAUGUGGUUUCCGAUUACCAUGGCCUUUGCCGCGUUUUGGUCGAUCUUACUUGUAUAUCGCCUCUAUCGCUACCGAAAAGAGUUCCACAGCCUGGUCGUAGCUCAGAAUACCACAACAUCUCGUUUUGUCCGACUCUUCAUUCUCAGCAUGACAAUCAGCCUGGUUUAUCUCACCUAUUCCAUCUACAUCACUGUCGAAACUUCGUUUGUCCUGACUGAAGCGUAUUCCUGGUCCUACGUUCAUGACCCAGUCAGAUUCAACACCAUCAUCCACGUACCGGUGCAAGGCAAGGUCUCCUACGAUAAAUGGAUCCAGGUGAUCACCGGAUACGUUGUCUUUUUGCUCUUCGGCACUGGCGUUGAUGCAUACAACUUUUAUAGAAAGACUAUGGUCCGCAUGGGUUUAGGCAAAGUAUGGCCGAGUCUGCAUGAGCCGAGACGCAAUGGACAGCGAACGCCCUCGAGCUUUAUAGCUGCCAAAUCGUGGACCAGCAGUGUAUCGAGCAAGGCAAAAAGCUUGCUUUGGUCAUCCAAAUCUGAUUCCACUGCCUCGGUUGGCGAUGCAUACGUCGACUUUCCGCGCAGCAACUCUGUCGCCCUUGAUUCCAUCCCGGCUGUGAGUAAUGGCGAUGCCGAGACCGCACUGAUUACGGGAAGUCAAGGUCAGACUGAAUCAUCUACCACACAGACACGGCCGUCUUCCUUCAAGCGAUGGUUUGCUCGUUCGAAUCUUGGUGGCUCUGUGCUACCAUUAUUCAAUGACCGCAACAUCACUGAAGUUGCAAUCAAUGAUACAAGCAAAUUAUCCGCGCCAGCCACUUCGCCUGGUGUGCGCGCCCACGUUUGGGCUACCGAGGACGCUCCUAUCAGGCGGGCUAGCGAAGGCGAAGGUGUUUUUGUCUCACACGAAGUAUAUCAACGUCGACAUGACAUGCACGACAAAGAUUGCGAUUCAAAAUCAACUUAUCUUUGGGUCAAUGGUAAGGUUUAA